GGAAAUAUUGGCUAUCUGGCCAUUUACAGAAAAGGGGUCUUGAGAAGCGAUGGCCACCGAGGCCCCUGUGAACAUAGCCCCCCUUGAACGCAGCACCGCGGGCCACACGGCCGCUGACGGCUUCAUCUGGCAGCCAGACUCGGCGAACAUGCACGUCCUCAGGCCCAAGUCCGCCAAGGGACGGACGCGGCCGAGCCCGCACAGACCGCAGGGCACAGAGCCGGGUCCUCACCGCGUGCCGGCCUCCCUGCCUCCAGCCAUCCCCUGCGAGCCGCCUGGCGGCCAGAGGCCGGGAGCCUGCGCACCCAGUUCUCCAAACCAGGGAGCUCCCGGCGAGAUCCCCGAGCUGCUGCAGCAGGUGCCGGCUGGCGCUUCCUCCUCCCUCAAUAAAUACCCAGUCCUCCCUUCCAUCAACAGGAAGAGCCUGGAGGAGGGGUCUGUGGAAACAGUGGUGAAACAGGCCGGCUCCCUGCAGCUGAGCGGCACCGUGAAGACGAGUGAAGAAGAGUCCAGAGCUCCAGCUUCUUCCCCAGAGAGGAAAGUCAUCGUCCGGACCAGGAGACAGACCUCCCCCAGGGUGGGGGACCCGGAGGAGCCCUCAGAUCGAGAGCCCAGCCUGCUGCUGGCCGUCAGGUCGCCGUCGGGCAGAAGGUUCAUUCACCAUUUCAGGCCCACCGAUGCCUUACAGACAGUUGUCGCUGUGGCCGAGGACAAGAACCAGGCCAGCUACCAGCCCUGCAGCAUUGAAACCAUGGAAGUGCCCAGGAGACGGUUCUCUGACCUCACCAGAUCCCUGCAGGAGUGCAAAAUCCUCCACAAGUCGGUGCUGGGCAUCUCGCAGGAAGAAGGGGAGGGGGAGCCCUGAGUCCACAGCCCCCUAGCCAGGGUCCUGGGUCUCUGAGCAAGGAGCACGCUUGGCUGCUGUGGCCUUCCGGGCAGCUCAGUCCCAAGUGCUGUGUGAACUUGGGGCGGCUGUGAUCCUUGCGACCCAUCUUCACAGCCUCUCCUCUGCAAGAGUGAAAUUUGCACAUGCGCCAAGCACGUUGAGAAGGUUCUCUUCCAGUUGUUAAAUUCCCUCCAGCACUGGAGUGAACUGGCAAGUUAACCAGGGCUGUUCCUGAAACCACCGUGACCAGGUCUCCCCCUUCCCUGAGGUCUGGGUCCUUUCUGGAGCACCCGCUUGCCUUUACAAAUGAACUCUCCCUCUCUUGAAGCCAGUGGUGUGCCUUUCUGUAUUUGAUGCAGGAUUAAAUACUUCCCAGAGAGGAUUCAAGUCUGGUAAAUAACCAGGGCUCAGGAAAUGUCGAACUGGCAUUUGUAUUUCUUGCAAACAUCUUUUAAGAAACAGGCAGUUGACACUAUCUUGGAAGCAGCCUCUUUGCUGGGCUUGGGUGGCUAGAGUUUCUUGGGGAUUACAGUUUGUGUGAUGUGGCUUCAGAGGAGAGAACAGGUCUUUCGCUAAUACAAAUCCCCCAACACAUCAACGUUUCUGAAAUAGUCUGGGAGCUGGAAAGCAUAUAGCUUCCACAACCGUGGAUUAGCCAAGUAGCCACUUUUAAAUAGAGAGUAAGUAGGUUUGCAAACAUCAGUAGCUACUCUCUGCAUGCCGCAGUCUUCACAAACUGAGAAAAACCAGUGUACUCUGAUUUUCUUCGCUUUUGUCACUCAUGGAAUCUUUUUGUUUUUAAACCAUACGAACAUACAAGUCUGUACAAGUUUGCA